AUGAACGUGACAUGCGCGCCGGGGCCCGAUGGCUUCGGUCUGAGCUUCUACAAAGCAGCCUGGCCGUCCGUCGAGUCGCGCCUCAUGUCCUUCCUCGAGGCGUUCUACAACCUGGAUGUGGAGCUGGAGCGGGUCAAUCGCUCCUACGUGGUGCUGAUCCCCAAGAUGCCAGCAGCGGUGACCGUGGGCGCGUUCCGGCCAAUUUGUCUGCAAAACUGCGACAUCAAGGUGACGUCUCAAGACCAAGGGGUGAAGCAUCCGAUUGAGGCCAACAUGCCGUGCCCGGCCUUAAUCUUGGUCAGUGCAGAUGUUGACUCGAUUAACUUUCACAAAAGCACGGUGGUGCCGAUGCAUGUAGAGGCUGAAACACUGCAGACAUGUGUGGACAUUUUGGGAUGCCGGGAGGAACAAUUUCCACAAUCCUAUCUUGGACUGCCACUAUCCCAUGAGAAGUUACGACUGUCCACCUUUGUCCCAAUGAUCAGCAAGGCGGACAAGUAUCUCGCAGGAUGGAAGGCAGCUCUACUCAACACAAUGGGCCGAGCUGUUUUAGCAGACUCGGUGCUUGGCAACCUACUGAUCUACGCCAUGGGCGCCCUGGAACUCCCAAAAGGAACUGUGGCCGCAUUAGAGCAGAAGAGAAGAACCUUUGUCUGGACAGGGGAGGACAAGGCCUCGGGAGCCCAAUGCUUAGUUGCCUGGGAGCAGCAUUUGGAAGCCCACCCGCAGGGGGAGCCCGACCCGACCCCGCCGUUUUCCCUGGGGCCGGCGCUCCCCGCCUCCCGAGUCGGGGCGGCGCUUCCCUGGGCCUCCGCCUCCGCCUCCGCCUCCCGAGCCGCGCCGCCGUCACGCCGCCCGCCCGCCCCUCCGCCUUCCGUCCAGGCCGCGCCGCCCUCCAUCGCCUCCCCGGAUCUCCUCCGUCUCCUCCUAGCCGCCGUGCCGUCACCUCCGAACCGCCGCCUCCCGGAUCUCCUCCGAGCCGCCGCGCCGUCACCAGCCCUCGUCGACGCGUCAAGAUGCCGUGAUAAGCAGCGCAAGGAGUCUUCCAGGCUCCAGGCCGUGAACAGAAAGUUGACUGCGAUGAACAAGCUUCUCAUGGAGGAGAAUGAGCGUCUGCAGAAGCAGGUCUCCCAGCUGGUUCACGAGAAUGCGUACAUGAAGCAGCAGCUGCAGAAUCCUUCAUUAACAAAUGACACGAGCUGUCAAUCACAUGUGACCACUCCUGCCAACCUAAGAGAUGCAAGUAAUCCAUCAGGGCUCCUCUCAAUAGCUGAGGAGACCUUGACAGAGUUCCUCUCAAAGGCUACAGGAACUGCUAUUGAUUGGGUCCAGAUGCCUGGGAUGAAGAUUGUGGAGAUCUUGAAAGACCGUCCAAGUUGGUUUCGUGAUUGUCGGGGUCUUGAAGUCUUUACAAUGUUACGAGCUGGAAAUGGUGGGACCAUUGAGCUUGUUUCCAUGCAGAUGUAUGCUCCUACUACUUUAGUUCCUGCAAGAGAUUUUUGGACACUGAGAUACACAACCACCCUGGAGGAUGGCAGUCUUGUGGUCUAUGAGAGAUCUUUGAGUGGUUCAGGGGGUGGUGAAAGUACUGCCACGGCACAACAAUUUCCUGUUCACCGUGUGCUUCUACUUCUGCUGUUAGCCUGCCACGAGACAUGCAAGUGCAGCUUCUGCUUCUGUCUUCAUGAAUUUCUCAAGAAUUUUAUCCUGUUGUGUGAUGGAUGAAUUGGACGUGUUUGGAUUUGAUCGAUGGAAAACUACUCUGGCUUGCAUUGCGAUCGGUUGAGAAUGAAUUGAAUAUAUUUUGUACGUCGCA